AGAGCCACUCCGCCUCGAGCAGCGACACUGCCCGUUGCGGCCCUCCCCCGCACGUGCGUUUCGGAGCCAUGCGCGAGCUCGUCCACAUCCAGGGCGGCCAGUGCGGAAACCAGAUCGGCGAGCGGAGUCGAACUUUCUGGUGGUGGCCCAGGGAGGAUGGGGGUGUAUAACCAGCGCGGAUGCGCAGCAAACUGUCGGCCGCCACCUCAGCGAGGGCCGCUGCCGCACCAGAGUCAUCCAGUUACCCCCGGCGCUGCAAGCUCGCACCUCGUUGGGCUAUGUUCCCCAUCCUCCUCUCCUCCUCGUCCCGCUCUUGCCUCCUACUCCCGAGGCGCGAAGUUCUGGGAAGUCAUCUCCGACGAGCAUGGUAUUGAUCCGACUGGCACCUAUCACGGCGACUCCGACCUCCAGCUGGAGCGCAUCAACGUGUAUUACAACGAGGCGACCGGCGGGCGUUACGUCCCGCGCGCCGUGCUGAUGGACCUGGAGCCUGGCACCAUGGACAGCGUCCGCGCCGGGCCCUUCGGUCAGCUCUUCCGGCCGGCGGUUUUCGUGUUCGGCCAGACUGGCGCGGGGAACAAUUGGGCAAAAGGGCACUACACGGAGGGGGCAGAGCUGAUCGACAGCGUCCUCGACGUGGUCCGCAAGGAGGCUGAGGGCUGCGACUGCCUCCAAGGGUUCCAGAUGUGCCACUCCCUCGGCGGCGGCACUGGCGCCGGCAUGGGGACCCUGCUGAUCUCCAAGGUUCGCGAGGAGUACCCCGACAGGAUCAUGGAGACGUUCUCGAUGGUCAUCCCCAGUCCGAAAGUCAGUGACACCGUCGUGGAGCCGUACAACGCAGUCUUGUCUUUCCACCAGCUGGUGGAGAACGCGGACGAGUGUUUCCUGCUGGACAACGAGGCGCUCUACGACAUUUGCUUCCGCACGCUGAAGCUGACCACCCCGACCUACGGUGACCUCAACCACCUGGUGAGCGCGGCGAUCAGCGGCGUGACCACGUGCCUGCGCUUCCCUGGGCAGCUCAACUGCGACCUGCGCAACGGGUCGGCGAAUCGCCGUGAACCUGAUCCCGUUCCCACGGCUGCACUUCUUCAUGACGGGCUUCGCUCCGCUCACGUCGAGGGGCUCCCAGCAGUACCGUGCCUUGACGGUGCCUGAGCUUACGCAGCAGAUGUUUGACGCAAAAAACAUGAUGUGUGCAGCCGACCCGCGCCAUGGCCGCUACUUGACUGCUGCCGCGCUGUUCCGCGGUCGCAUGUCCACGAAGGAGGUGGACGAGCAGAUGCUGAUGUCCAGAACAAGAAUUCGUCGUAUUUCGUCGAGUGGAUCCCGAACAACAUUAAGGCGUCCGUGUGCGACAUCCCCCCCAAGGGUCUGAAGAUGGCGGUGGCCUUCGCUGGCAACUCCACCGCGAUCCAGGA